AUGGUACUCGGGAGAAAAAUUGUUCUCGUUGGAUUUUGCGCUGUAAUCUUGAUUGCAUUUUCAUCAGUUGCCGAUGCAAAGCAAUCAAAUCGUGGGAGGCGUUCGUGGAAACGACCGCGUUUCUCAAAGAGACUUGGUUUUUUCCAACGUGGAUUAGACAGUGCUGAAGAUGAUGCUGAAAAUCGGUCAUUAUUCAAUGAAAUUGCUGAAUAUCUCUCAACGGUGUAUGGAAACGAUAACCUACAGCUAAAUGCAGAGAAUGAUGACGUUGCACCACAAUCACGUGAUUACGGUGACUAUGUGACGGGUAAAGGAUUUUCGGGGUUGCUGGACAAAAGGAGUGAUGACGUUGCACCGCAAUCACGUGCAUACGAUGACUAUGAAACGGGUAAAGGAUUUUCGGAGAUGCUGAAUACAAAGAAAAGGAGUGAUAACGUUGCAGUGUCAUUAUUUGACUACUAUGACUAUGAGACUGGUAAAUCAAAAAUGCUAAAUACAAAGAAAAGGAGUGAGGACGUUGCACCGGAAUCACGUGACUAUGACGACUAUUACACGGGCAAACUACCACCACCUCAGGAUAAUAGCGAAGAGCUACUAAAUGUUGAAAAGGGUACUCUACAAACAAAGUUCAAGGAACUCCUUGAAAAUCUCGCAAACGGUAAUCUAGAGCUGUCUGCAAGGAAAAGAAGCGAUGAUCUAGUUGCACCGGAAUCACGUGACUAUGACGACUAUUACACGGGCAAAAGACCAGCCGGUCAGGAUGAUAGCAACGAGCUACUAAAUGAUGUUGAUAUGGUUUCGACUGCAUGAUGGGCAAGAACGAACCAAACUGAGAAGAUGGAACUGCUGAUGGUGGCACUAUAUAAUGAACUAUAUUAAAAGAUCCAACUCAGUUCCAACAUAAGGACAGGACAAGUUAAUUAAAAACUGUUAAACCAAAUAAAAUUCGAUUAUUUCAGAAACCAAGUGUGUUGAUAUGGAAAUAAAACACUAUAUUUGGAAUAAUC